GCGCACGCAGGCCGCCGGGCCGCGCCGUGCUGGGCCGCGCCGUGCCCGGCCCGGGGCGGCAGCGGCGAGAAGAAGGCCCGGGGACAGGCUCUCGGGGCUGCCCGGAGCCCGCAGGGAGAAGCGAGGCGGUAGCUGGUACCGGGCCAAGCGUCCAGACAGGUGAUCGGUGGUGCGGCGGGAGCUGCAGCCACGCUCCGUGGUCCCCUCCCGGGGCUGACGGCAGCAAAUAUGCGGAUUUACCGGCCGGGUCGCUCCUAAAGCCAGCGACGGGGAGCGAGCGCGGCGGCGGCGGCCAGCACGGGGAACGCACCAAGGAAGAAGCCCAGCCCCCGCCCUCCGCCCCUUCCGUCCCCACCCCCUACCCGGCGGCCCAGGAGGCUCCCGGCGCGACUCUGUUCCUCCUCCUCCUCCUCGCUGGCUCUGCACUCGCUGCUCGCGCCGAGCGCGCUCCGCAGGCUCCCUGCUCUCCGCGCCACCCUCCUCCGGGCCGCGCUCCCUGAGGGAUGGUACUGAAUUUCGCCGCCACAGGAGCCCGGCUGGAGCGCCCGCCCCGCGGCCUCGCCUCCCUGCCGAGCUUCCAGCGCCUCGGGACGCGAUGAGGACCUGGGCUUGCCUGCUGCUCCUCGGCUGCGGAUACCUCGCCCAUGCCCUGGCCGAGGAAGCCGAGAUACCCCGGGAGUUGAUCGAGCGGCUGGCUCGAAGUCAGAUCCACAGCAUCCGGGACCUCCAGCGACUCUUGGAGAUAGACUCCGUAGGGCCUGAGGAUGCCUUGGAGACAAGCCUGAGAGCCCAUGGGUCCCACGUCGUUAAGCAUGUGCCCGAGAAGCGGCCUGUGCCCAUUCGCAGGAAGAGAAGUAUUGAGGAAGCCAUUCCUGCAGUUUGCAAGACCAGGACGGUCAUUUAUGAGAUACCUCGGAGCCAGGUGGACCCCACAUCGGCCAACUUCCUGAUCUGGCCCCCAUGCGUGGAGGUGAAGCGCUGCACCGGCUGCUGUAACACCAGCAGCGUCAAGUGCCAGCCCUCGAGAGUCCACCACCGCAGUGUCAAGGUGGCCAAAGUGGAGUAUGUCAGGAAGAAGCCAAAAUUGAAAGAGGUCCAGGUGAGGUUAGAGGAACACCUGGAGUGUGCAUGCGCGACCUCCAACCUGAACCCAGACCAUCGGGAGGAGGAGACGGAUGUGAGGUGAGAUGAGCCGGCCGCCCUCUCCCGGGACACGGAUGUACGUGGCGUGUGACAUUCCUGAACAUACUAUGUAUGGUGCUUCAUUGCCAAUGUGCGUGCGGUCUUUGUUCUCCUCCGUGAAAAACUGUGUCCGAGGACAAAGAGACAGUGUCCGUUUGUUCAGUGUGACAUCAAAGCAAGCACUGUAGCACUCGGAGAGACAGUGAGAAAGCUUCCUUGUCACAGAGAGCGAAAACAAAACCACAAAAAAGAAAAAAAAACAACAAAAAUUAAAAAAAAAAAUCAAACCACACCCAACAACAAAAAAAAACCCCACCAGAAGAAACAAAAAGACUGAAGCGGAGAUGGAAGGGCCGCCCUGCAGGACUGACCCUCGAGUGGGGGCCGGUAUUGGCCACCACCCUGGAUUCUGCCCGUGGGCACAGGUGCUUUAUGCCAAGGACGCUGGGCACAGGAACUGAACAAAUGGGAGAUGCCCACGGGCCUGGAAGCCACCUCGCUUGAGUCUGCCUAGGACCUUCCUGAUGGCCUUAUGUGGAAUUUCUUUUUUCUUAUCUUUUUUUUUCUUUUUUUACACCACGAAGUGAUUAAGCUUCUCCUUUUUAUUCUCUGCCUAGCUUUUUUUUUUUUUUUAAAUCUCUUGGAUGACAUUUUCGUCGAUAACACGCACGAGGCUGCUGUAAGUUGGGACAGCGAGACGGUUAUUUUUCUCCUAGCCAAACUAAUGAGGUGUAUUAAAAUAAACAUGAUAUACCUACCUAUCCAUCA